CUUAAUAUCAUUAGGUCAACUAAUGCAACCACUAUGCAGCUGCAAAAACCUCUCUAUUAAAGACACAACUUAGAGAGACAACUAAGAGAGAGAGAGAGAGGGAGAGAUGGGAGCAGUUGGUACAAUUCUAGUGCUUUGCUCAAUGGUCAUCAUGAUAGCCAUGCCGAUGGUUCAUGGCAUCGAUGAAUCACCUCAAGCUGUGGAAAAAUGGUUCGAAGAGCUGGGCCAAAUGAAAGAAAAGGUAACAAAGUUUCACUUCUAUUUGCACGACACUGUGAAUGGUACCGGCAUAACUUCCGUUAUAGUGGCCCAGCCCAACCCUAAGUUACCCAACCAAUUUGGGCAAAUUAACGUGCUUGAUGACCCAUUGACAAUUGGGCCCGGGCUCAACUCCACGAUACUAGGCCGAGCCCAGGGGAUUUAUUUAGGGGCUGCGCUACCCGAAGUUGAUUUCCUAAUAAGCUGGAGCUUUGUCUUCACGAGUGGGGAGUAUAACGGUAGCACUCUCAGCGUUUUAUCCCGAGACUCGCAACUACAAAAGUAUCGUGAAUUGCCCAUUGUCGGAGGCUCUGGUGUUUUCCGGCUAGCACGAGGAAUUGCCACCGCGCAAACGUAUUCAUUCAAUACGGCCACCCUUAAUGCAGUUAUUGAAUUUCACGUUAUUGUCAUCCACUAUUGAGAUCGAUGAUUGUUGGUUCAAUUAAACGUGCAUUAUUAUUGAUACGAAUAAGUCGCGUGCUCACUCUUUUUCUUGCAAUGGCAUUCUCUUGUGAUGUAGUAUUUCGACCUAAAAUUUGAGGAAUUAAUAUAAUAGCUUGUUUGUUA